UGUACCUGAAUGUGAUGCUGGAGAACUUUGCACUUAUAUCCUCACUGGGGCAGCCAGGAGUGCCUGAGGAAAUGCCAUAUGUAUCCCAUGGUGGGGUCUUCAGCUUGCCUUCUGUUCCCUCAAGUGUAUCUUAGAACAUUGAGUAAGAAAUACUAUAUAGAUAAAAAUGGGUAGGACACAAUCACUAACCCUACAGGUAAGGCACAGAUUUUCUGUGGGAGCCAGAGGCAGAGAUCCUGCUUGUUCGCGGGCUUAAGGGCGGCCUAACAUCUUUCUUCUUUAUUCCCAGUCAAGGCCCUGUAUAAAGUUUUUCCCCUACCCCGAGCCAAUCAUAGAGAGCUCACAACAUUGACAAAUGCAUCAGGUUACAUGCAUUUCAUAGUAAUAACAAAAUGCCUUCAGCUAUGCGUGGACUAUUUUAUGUCUGAAUGACUCUCUGUAAUAAUAUGACCAUUUAGAUCAGUGGAUUUCGGGGCAUCUCAGUAACAGUAUUAUCCUCUGGGAGCUGGUUGACUUUUACCGAGUAUGAAAUUAUGCCUCUUCACUGCAGUUCACAAAGAGCAAAUCCUCUCGCCCCUUGCCUCGGCUUCCAGCAUCCCUCGAGGAGCCGCAUGGCCAAUAGUCUGAUUGGUCAGGCUGGAGAAAAACCCUUGUCUCGCGCACUAGAGCGUUGCCAACUACAAUACCCAGAAAGUCGUGCGCGGAGUUGAGCCAAUGGAAGCAUUUCCGCGGGAAUACAUCGCGUAGGGGUGGGACUUCCGGCCUCCUCCUUGUGGCGGCCAUUUUGCUGUUCUCGGGCGUGCCGGGGCGGGACUGAAGUGACGGAACUGUCAAGGCGCAGAAGUCGUUGCCCCACGGCAGAGAGGCGGGUCCGCGGCUGGCGACGCCGCCCGGGCUGCCCCACGUCGGGGCCGGGACGGGGACCACCGGCCCGGGUGUUUGCCCCACCCACAGAGUCCGAUGGCGGCGGCCGCGCCCAGGAACCCGGCUCAGGAUAGUGUGACCUUUGAGGACAUUGCUGUGUACUUCUCCUGGGAGGAGUGGAGGCUCCUUGAUGAGGCUCAGAGAUGCCUGUACCACGAUGUGAUGCUGGAGAACUUUACACUUAUAUCCUCACUGGGUUGUUGCUGUGGAGCAGACGAUACGGAGGCAUCUUUUGAACAGAGCACUUCUAUAGGUGUGUCACAGACCACGACGCCCAAGGCAGCUCAGUCUUCCCGGAAGACCCACCCCUGUGAGAUGUGUGGUCCAGUCUUGAGAGGCAUUUUCCACUUGGCUGCGCACCAGGGAAAAGAAAACAGCCAGAAACUGAUGAGGUGUGGGGCAUGUGCGAAACGAUUUUAUUUCAACAUAAACUCUCAGCAGCAGGAGCAGCACGUGGGAGAGAAACCGUUUAGAUGCGCUGUGGACAAGGCCUCUUUUGUGAAGAGCUGCAGAAUCCAUGAUUCAGGAAAGCCCUUUACCUGUGGAGAGGUUGAGAAGGACUUCCUAUCUGGCUUGGGGCAUCUACAGCAAGAGGCCACACAUACUGGGGAGAAGCCACACACGAUCACCCAGUGCAGGGCAACUUUACAAAGCAGAAAAAGUCAUUACACCUGGGGAGAAUUCAAGAAAGCCUUUGGUCCCAAACACACACUUGUUCAGGACCACUGUUUUGUGUGCAAUGAAUGUGGGAAAACAUUCAGGUACAAAUCUUCAUUUGCUAUACACCAGAGAUUCCAUACUGGAAAAAGACAUCAUGAGUUUGGUGAAUGCGGAAAAUCCCUUAGGCAGAGCUCAGCCCUCAGUCAACAUGGAAAGACUCACACUGGGUCCAGGCAAUACAAGUGCAGCAAAUGUGGGAAAUCCUUAAGCCACAAAUCUGUCCUCAUUCAUCCCCAGAAAUGGCACAAUGGAGAAAACAGCUAUGUGUGCAGUGAAUGUGCAAAAUCUUUUAGCCAUAGCUCAGUGUUGAUUCCAUGUAGAGGUCAAACUGGAGAAAGGCCUUACAAGUGUAGUGACUGUGCAAAAUCUUUUACCUCUAUCUCUGCCCUCAGUUAUCAUCAGAGAUCUCAUACAGGAGAAAGGCCUUAUGAAUGCACUGAAUGUGGGAAAUCUUUUAUCUCUAGGUCUGACCUCCGUUAUCAUCAGAGAGUUCAUUCUGGAGAAAGGCCUUAUGAGUGCAGUGAAUGUGGGAAAUCUUUCAUCACUCGUACUGCUCUCCGUUAUCAUCACAGAGUUCACACUGGAGAAAGGCCUUACGAGUGCAGUGAAUGUGGCAAAUCCUUUACUCGAAGAAAUAACCUCAUUAUACACCUAAGAGUUCACUCAGGUGAAAGACCUUAUGAGUGUAGUGAAUGUGGGAAAUCUUUUACCUUUAGCUCCAGCCUGCGUUACCACCACAGAGUUCACACUGGAGAAAGGCCUUAUGAGUGUAGUGAAUGUGGGAAAUCUUUUAACAAUAGGUGGACACUCAUUCGACACCGGAGAAUUCACACAGGAGAAAAGCCUUAUGUGUGCAGUAAAUGUGGGAAAUCUUUUACCUGUAGCUCCACUCUCCAGUAUCAUCAUCGAGGUCACCUCGGAGAAAGACCUUAUGAGUGUAGUGAAUGUGGGAGAUCUUUUACCACUAGUUCUGCUCUCCGUUAUCACCAGAGAGUUCAUACUGGAGAAAGGCCUUAUGAGUGCAGUGAAUGUGGGAAAUCUUUUAUUUCUAGGUCUGACCUCCAUUAUCAUCAUAGAGUUCAUUCUGGAGAAAGGCCUUAUGAGUGUAGUGAAUGUGGGAAAUCCUUUAUUCGAAGAAAUAACCUCAUUUUACAUCAGAGAGUUCACACAGGAGAAAGGCCUUACAAGUGUAGUGAAUGUGGGAAAUCUUUUAACAAUAGGUGGACGCUCAUUCAACACCAGAGAGUUCACACAGGAGAAAAACCAUAUGUGUGCAGUGAAUGUGGGAAAUCUUUUACCUGUAGCUCCACACUCUGUUACCACCAAAGAGUUCAUGAAGGUAAAAGGCCUUAUGAAUGCAAUGAAUGUGGGAAAUCUUUUACCUCCAGUUCCACUCUUCGUUACCAUCAGAGAGUUCACACAGGAGAAAGGCCUUACAAAUGCAGUGAAUGUGGGAAAUCUUUUACUUUUAGUGCCAGCCUUCGUUAUCAUCACAGAGUUCACAGUGGAGAAAGGCCUUAUGAGUGCACUGAAUGUGGGAAAUCCUUUAAGGAUAGAUCACAAUUCAAUAAACACCGGAGAACUCACACGGGAGAAAGGCCUUACGAAUGCAGUGAAUGUGGGAAAACGUUUAGCCAAAAAUCUUCCCUGUCAAUACACCAGAGAAUUCAUAAUAGCGAACGGUCUUAUGAGUGUAGUGCUUGUGGGAAAUCUUUUACAUCUGUCUCUGGCCUUGGUUAUCAUCAUAGAGUUCAUAGGGGAGAAAAACCUUAUCAGUGCAGUGAAUGUGGGAAAUCUUUCACCAAUAGCUCAAUACUGAUUCGACACCAGAGAGUUCACACAGGAGAAAGACCUUAUGUGUGCAGUGAAUGUGGAAAAUCUUUUACCAGUAGCGCUACCCUCUCUUAUCAUCAGAGAGUUCAUGCAGGUAAAAGGCCUUAUGAAUGCAGUGAAUGUGGGAAAUCAUUUACCUCCAGUUCCACCCUUCGUUAUCAUCAGAGAGUUCAUGCAGGAGAUAGGCCUUUCGGGUGUGGUGAAUGUGGAAAAUCUUUUAUCUCUAGCUCCAAACUACGUUAUCAUCAGAGAGUUCACACUGGAGAAAGGCCUUAUGAGUGCAGUGAAUGUGGAAAAUCCUUCAGGGAUAGUUCCCAAUUCAGUCAACACCGGAGAGGUCAUACUGGAGAAAGGCCUUACGAGUGUAGUGAAUGUGGGAAGUUUUUUACACGAAAAUCUACCCUCUCUCAACAUCAAAGAGUUCACACUAGAGAAAGGCCUUAGGUGUGCAGGGAAUGUAUAAUUUCCUAUUCACUGUUAACACUGGAGGGAACUCUGAGGAGCCAUCUGAACUGAAUCUCAGACAUCUAAACAUGCACAGUGGGAUAUCUCUUGGAAGUUUCAGUACUGUAGUAAGCUUGUGUAAAUAUGUUGCACUUUCUAAGCUGUCCAGGGCGCUUUCUAGAUUUAGCUCACUGCUAGAUUUUGUGACCAAAGCCUUUUCACAACUCUCCUGCCUGGCAGGUCCACAAAGUACGCAUCCGUCACCUCCACAAUGUAUUCAGUGAAGCUGACCUUUGUUCUCUCAUGAAUUAGAACAAAUUAGUCGUAACCUGAGCCCUUAGGGUCAGUUUCCCCAUCUCCUUAAGUACCUUGGGCAUGGACCUGAAUCAUUGAUGACCCAGGAAAUAAGGGUUUGGCUGGUAGCUUACAGAGAAUGACUACCUUUUUCAGGGACAUGUUAGUCUCAUGUGACACUUGUGAUGAGUUUUUUCAGCUUCCAAGUCCGAAACGGUAAAUGUCUGCCGCACAUUGCUUUGGCUUAUGUGAUUAUCAAGGCCUUACUCUUUAAGUCCUCUUUAAUCUUAGAUUUCUACUUACUCUAUGGGGUAGUUUAUAUAUGGAUUUGGGCUCAACAAGCAUCGCUGGGUGAACUUUUUAGGAGUCUCAAAUUGUCUGUGCUUAAGGAGGAUGGCAGAAAAUAGCUUGCCAAUUUUGACCAAAUUUGCAUUGCUGCCCCACAACCUCUGAAAAACUGCAGGGCUUUCUGGUUUUCAUUUGAGAUCUGGAUGCUUUGUGUUUUAGGAGUUUCAGUGAUGACCCCAAGGAGGGGGCAGUUGGGAGAUCCUCAGAUGCUUCUGAAAGGAGCAGGAAUUUCUUCCCCUUACUCAAAGGAGACAUCACAGGGGAUGUCAGCACUGUUGAGGGGUUAUCUUCUUCAGCUUUACAAACAGCUAUGUGCCCUGAUGUCCACAAUCUAUUGGGCUAGGGUCACUGGUUUUAAGACCAUAGUGUGCAGGGGAAGCCAUAAUUGGUACAGAAACACUGGCUUAAUAGGAUGUGGAGGAGACUGCAUCCAAGUAGAUAGAAUGUGCCUCUUCUAAAAAUGGAUCCAGACAAGUUUCUGUGACAGUAGAAUCUGUGUAUACAAAUCUCAGGACCUCUAGGCAUAUUUAUCUUGUGUAGGUAGUCAUUGUUGGAGAAAAAAAUAAAAACUAAAAUAAUCAAAAGGUUCUGUGGUUUCCUCUCAGUGAUGUUUGCCUCAAAGCCACUACCACAGAUGCGGGGAAAAAAGGUAAAGGGGGUUCUGUAUUUCUGCGAUAUGGCCCUUGUAACCCAGGAAGCAUUCCUGGUGACUUGUUUGGAAAUAUUCAUUAUUCUCCACGUUUGCUGCCACUGAGGUAAUAUCCCCGUAGGCAUGAGAAAGAGAGAUGGAGUCAGUGUGGGGUUGUCAAACCUAUUUUCCAAAAGUGGGACAAAGACAUUCUAUCUUGAGCCAUUUUUAAAGCUUUAUUGAGGUAUGGUUUAUAUGUACUAACUUGCAUAUAUUUACAGUAUAAUUUGGCGAGUUUUGACAUAGUUACAAACUUCUGAAACCAUCAUCAUAGUCCUGAUAAUGACCUUAUCUGUCACAUUAUGCUUACCUCAUGUCCUUUUAUAAUCUCCCUUGCCCCUCCCACCCUUCAGGUAACCACUGAUUUACUUUCUCUUACAAUAGAUGGAUGGAUACCUUUGAAUUUUUUGAAUUUAUGUUUGGAAUUGAGUAUUUUGUUUUUCCUUAUGUGUCACAAUUACUUUGAGAUUCAUCAGUGAUACUAUAUGAGUAGUCGGGUUUUUUUUUUGCUGAGUAGUAUCUUUGGAUAUACCAGUUUAUCCACUUAUCUGUGUAUGAGGAUUUGGGUUUUUUCUAGACUUUGACUAUUGAAGAUAAAGCUAGUAUAAAUAUUUGUGUUCUUUAUGUGAAUGUUUCUUUGAUCUUCUGUCGGGAACUUAUGAGUAAAAUGUCUGGGUUACAGGACAGGUAAUGUUUUACUUUUGAUUAUACCUUUUUCAUCUUCCCAGCAGUGUAUGAGAGUUCCAUUUCCUCCAUAUUCUGAAUACUUGGUUUGGCCAUUUUAAUUUUAGCCUUUUUAAUAAGUGUUUAAUGUUCUCUCAUUUUGUUUUAAUUGCAUUUCUGUAAGGAUUCACUAUGGGCAUUUUUUCAAAUGCUAAUUUGCUAUCUACAACUUUGGUAAAAUGCCUGCACAUAUCUUUUUCUUAUUCUUUGAGCUUCGGCUAUUUUCCUUUAACAGGACAAUGAAACAAGUGUGUGUGCGUGCGCAUGUGCUAUUCACAAUGGAUUGAACAGCUGUAGCCUUUUAAAUUUUUUCUGCAUUAUUAAUAUGUUCUCC